AUGGACCUCGAGGUAGACUCCCUGGGCGACGCGCCGUCGCUGGAAUGGAAAAAAUCGGCCCGUCGGCGGUCGAGCACGGGCUCUCGGAAGGUUCCCCGGCGAUCGGUGCUGAGCGAGUCGACGAAUCGGCACAACAACGCCGCCGACGACGCCGAGGCCGACAGCGACGGCGACCUCUGCCACAAGACGGACCCCGAGCGCGGGGAGACGUGGUUCGCGCGGUGGGGCGAGCUCGUCGACGUGCUCCGCGCCAUCGACGACGACGUCGCGCCGGACGCGUUCCGCGGCGCGGCGCGCGAGCUGCUGCGGUGUGGCGUCGAGAUCGUCGACGCCGCGGACGCGGAGGACGCGGCGGGGCGCGACGCGCUCGUGCUCCGCUUCGUCGACGGACCGGAGGGGCGGGUCUCGCUGCCGCCGCCGUUCGACGACCCGUUCUCGUUCGCGAACGACUACCUGCCGCUCUACGGCCCGCUGCGGGGGUUCCAGGUCGACGCCAUCGCGGCGCUCCACGAGCGGCGCGACGACCUGAAGGCCACGAUCAAGCAGUGCAACGCCGCGCUGCGCAAGAACCAGAAGGACAGCAACGUUGUCCAAGCCCGGCGCAAGGCGGCCGAGCUCCAGGACCGGCUGCGCGCCGCCACCGCCGCGGAGCCCGAGGCCGACGGCGCCGUGGAGCGCGACCCCGACGACGAGAUCCGCAUCACGGACGGCGAGCCCGCAAGGUAUUACCUCACGGUCACAUUCACGACCGUCGGUUACGGCGACUGGACGCCGAAGACGGACGCGGGCAAGGGCUUCGCGAUGGCCUACGCGCGCGCCGCGGCGUUCGUCGGCGUCGCGUUCCUGCUGCCCGUCGUGCUCAAGCUCGGCGAGGUCGUCGUCGCGGGCCUCAACAAGACGGUGCUGUCGUCGCUCGCGUCGCGGACGCACCGGCCCGUCUGGCCGCAGGUCGUCGUGUCCGCG